CUGUUGGUGCCAGCUCUCACUCCUGCUACAGCACUGUCUGGGCUUCAUCUCCAGUAUCGCAGGAUUUACAAAGAGCCUAAAACCAGAACCCAUCACCAUGUCCACCUCCGCCAGCAGGUCCUCAUACAAAAGAAUGUUUGGAGGUAACCCCAGGUCCAGCUCCUCAUCUGGAAACCGGUAUGUGACCUCCAGCAGUAGGUACUCCCUGGGUAGCUCUUUGGGAGGCUCUCUGCGUUCUGGAGCUGGUGGUGGAGGUAUCAGCAGUAGCCGCGUCUACACAACUUCUUCAUCCCCCUCCAUCUACAAGUCCUCCUCUGUGAGGCUGAGGAGCAGCCUUCCACCAGCCAGGCUCCAUGACAGCGUGGACUUCUCCCUGGCAGAUGCCAUCAACCUCGAGUUUAAAGCCAACAGGACCAACGAGAAGGCUGAGAUGCAGGAGCUGAACGACAGGUUUGCCAACUUCAUUGACAAAGUUCGAUUCCUGGAGCAGCAGAACAAGAUCCUGGUUGCUGAGUUGGACCAACUGAAAGGAAAGGGGACCUCCAGGGUUGGAGACAUCUAUGAAGAGGAGAUGAGAGAGCUCCGCCGACAGGUGGACCUGCUCACAAAUGAGAAAGCCAGGGUGGAGGUAGACAGAGACAACCUGGGAGAUGAUCUUCAGCGACUAAGAGAAAAGCUCCAGGAUGAAAUGAUUCAGAGGGAAGAAGCUGAAAGCAACUUGCAGUCAUUCAGACAGGAUGUGGACAAUGCUUCCUUAGCACGUAUUGACCUCGAACGCAAAGUUGAAUCCCUGCAAGAGGAGAUUGUAUUCCUCAAGAAACUUCAUGACGAAGAAAUCCGUGAACUGCAGCUCCAGAUUCAGGAUACACAUGUCCAGAUUGACAUGGAUGUUGCUAAACCAGAUCUUACUGCUGCCCUACGUGACGUGCGUCAGCAGUAUGAGAAUGUGGCUUCUAAGAAUCUACAGGAUGCUGAGGAAUGGUACAAGUCUAAGUUUGCCGACCUUUCUGAGGCUGCUAACCGAAACAAUGAAGCUUUGCGUCAAGCUAAACAGGAGACCAAUGAUUACCGCAGACAAAUCCAGUCUCUUACCUGCGAAGUGGAUGCAAUGAAAGGAUCAAAUGAAUCUUAUGAACGACAGAUGCGUGAAAUGGAAGACAACUUUGCUUUGGAAGCAGCUAACUACCAAGACACUAUUAAUCGCAUACAGGAUGAGCUCCAGACCAUGAAGGAAGACAUGGCUCGCCACGUGCGCGAGUACCAGGAACUGCUCAAUGUUAAGAUGGCUCUUGAUAUUGAGAUUACUACUUACAGGAAGCUGCUUGAAGGAGAAGAGAGCCGAAUUGCCAUUCCCGUUCAUUCAUCCUUUUCUACCAUGAGCUUAAGAGAAUCUAAUCUGGAAUCUCAUCCAGUGGUAGACUCUCAUUCUAAAAGAACACUUCUGAUCAAGACGGUGGAGACCAGAGAUGGCCAGGUUAUUAAUGAAACUUCUCACCACGAUGACCUAGAAUGAAACCUAAAUCCCUUCUUUCUCGGAGCAUAGUUCCUUUACCAGCAACAUAAUUCUGUCCCUUGUGUUUAAACUGAAGAGAACCAGCUUUCAAGUGCCUUUCACAGUUAAUUCAGGAGCGCAAGAUAGACAUAAGCUAAAGGAGAAUUCAUGUC